CCUCCCCGCGGCUGCCUGAGGGGAGGGGACGGGCGGCGCUGAGGGAAGGCGGCGGAGCGCCGCGUCCUCCCGGCCCGUGCCGCCCCUUGCUUGCUGUGCCAUGGAGGACGUGCUGCCCUCGGGCCUGCUGGAGGUCUGCCUGAUGGUCGGCGUGCCCAAAGAGCGGCUGAGGGCGCUCCUGCAGGACACUCAAAGAAAACCCAAAAAUCUUCCUCCCCUUGAUCCAGAAGUUCUUUCUGUAUUCGUGCCUCCGUUUAUCAGCAGAGAUGAUAUUCACAUGGCUAAUACAAGCGCUAAUAACUUGAACAGAAGUAAACGUCGGUCUUUCAGAAAGAAGAAAGAGAAACCGAAGUUUGAAAAUGUCAAGAGUGUCAACGGGGAGCAGAAAGUGCCCGACACCGAGGACAUUACAGUUCCAAAGGACGUUGAUCUUAUUGGUUUGCCACAGCUGUGCUUCCCAGGAGGACUUCAUAUAACUUCUGAAUCAAAAGAGGACCAGAUUCAUUUCCUGGUCUUCACAGAUGUCUGUGGUAACAGAACAUAUGGUGUUGUUGCACAGUACUACCAGCCUAUGCAAGGUGGCUGUAUUUCCUCAAACGGGCAGCACCAGUGGGAACAUGCGUGGACUGAGAAGAAGUCGGACUGUUUUGUACCGCUUGCUAUUUGCGUUAUAUCCAGAUACCCGUAUUUUAAUGCCCUCAAGGAUUGUCUCUCAUGCUUACUGGUUCAACUGCGACCUUUCAAGGAUUUAGAUGUCGAUGAUCACAUAAAAGAAUUUGCAGCAAAAUUAUUUUUAAUACCCAGCCCGCCACCAGGACCACUGCACUUGGUAUUUAAUAUGAAACCACUUCAAAUAAUAAUUCCUUCACGAGAGGACCCGGACAGUCCAGUUAUUGACUUGGAUCUUCAUCUUCCAUUGCUGUGUUUCAAGCCAAAGCGGGUGCUGCAGAUUUUGACCUGCAUUUUGACUGAGCAGAGAAUUGUUUUCUUCUCUUCUGACUGGGCCCUGCUGACGCUCGUGGCUGAAUGCUUUAUGUUGUACCUUCAUCCUCUGCAGUGGCAGCACACUUUUGUGCCUAUUCUGUCUCGUCAUAUGCUGGAUUUCGUAAUGGCCCCAACAUCUUUUCUGAUGGGGUGUCAUAUCGAUCACUUUGAAGAAGUUAGCACGGAAACUGAAGAUUUAAUUCUAAUUAAUAUUGAUAAUGGGAAUAUUGUACGUUCAAAAAUGGAUGAAGAGGAACCUGAAAUUCCAGAUGUUCCAGCACAAGCAGCAGAAACUUUCAUAAAAAGAGUGGAGGGUCUUCAGCUGCAUUAUGACCUAGAGCUGUGCCAUCUCCGUGCCAGCACAGAUCUUGGUGAACUCCAAAUGCGCAGAAGGGCUUGGCAGCAGAAGCUGAAUACAGAAGUUCAGCAAAUGACUUUGCAGUUAAUUGUUAAUAUCUUCAGGGAAGUAAAAGACCAUCUAAAUUAUGAACACAGAGUGUUUAACAGUGAAGAAUUUCUGAAAACAAGGGCAGUGGGAGACCAGCCGUUUUAUAGAAAGGUUUUGGAGACCUACAUGUUUCACUCUUUUCUUAAAGCCCGCUUGAACAGAAAGAUGGAUGCUUUUGCUCGACUUGAGCUGAGUACCCAGUCUGAAGAAGACAGAUUAAACUUGAUGUUUCGUAUCCCAAGAAGAAUGACUACGGAGAAAAUGGCUUCUAAACAAAGGAAUUCACAGUCCACGAUGAAUAGGCGUAUGGUUAUCAGUAUGCCUGAUCUGCAAGAUAUCAAGCUGCCAGAAACCCCCCCUAGAAAUUCCUCGUUUCGAAGAGUAGAAACAGACAUUGCUCUGAAAAUGCCCUCCAAAUCAGUCAGUACCUUCAAAAUCCCAGAAAUUCACUUUCCUCUGAUGUACCAGUGUGUUCACUCCUACUACACAGAAUUCUUCAACCAUCUCAGCAAAGCUAUAAAUACCUUACCACCUGAUAAGUCAGCAUUGCUGGCAAGGUACUUCUACCUCCGGGGACUUAUUAGCUUGAUGCAAGGGAAACUACUAAAUGCACUUUCUGACUUUCAGAACCUAGAUAAAACAGACUUAAGAAUUUUUCCUACUGAUCUUGUAAGAAAGAUUGUGGAAACCAUGCCUCCUUCUGAGCGUUUUCAAGCAGACCGCAAGCCUGAGCUGAAGAAGCUGAUAAGUCGAGUGAUGGAAAAACAAAGGGAAGUUACAAAAAUAGAUGACCACGUAAAAAAUUUUGCGUUGCCAAAAACACACAUGCAACUGGAUGAUUUUGUGAAGCGAAUCCAGGAAUCUGGGAUUGUCAGAGACAAAGACACUAUACAUCGGUUGUUUGAUGCCUUAACAGUAGGGCAUCAGAAACAAAUCGAUCCCGAAACAUUCAGAGAUUUCUACAACUACUGGAAAGAAACUGAAGCAGAAGCUCAAGAAGUGAAUCUCCCACCGGCAGUAAUAGAGCAUCUAGAUAAAAACGAAUGUGUCUACAAGUUGUCUUGCUCAGUUAAAACUAACUACGGUGUAGGAAAAAUAGCACUGACCCAAAAGCGCUUGUUCCUUUUGACCGAAGGAGGACGUCCUGGCUAUGUCAAUAUUGCUGCUUUCAGGGACAUAGAGGAUGUUAAGGUCACAACUGUAGCUUUCCUUCUUUUGAAAAUACCUACUCUGAGGAUUGCAACAAGAUCUAAAAAAGAAGUCUUUGAAGCUAACCUUAAAACAGAGUGUGAUCUCUGGCACCUGAUAGUGAAAGAAAUGUGGGCUGGAAAGAAAAUGGCAGAUGAUCACAAGGAUCCUCAGUAUAUCCAGCAGGCGCUGACAAACGUUCUCCUGAUGGAUGCUGUGGUUGGUGCACUGCAGUCCUCCAAAAGCAUAUACGCAGCCUCUAAACUGUCGUAUUUUGACAGGAUGAAAAAUGAAGUGCCCAUGAUGGUCCCCAAAACAACCUCGGAGACAUUAAAGCAUAAGAUCAACCCUUCAGCUGGUGAGACGUUUCCACAGGCAAUAGAUGUCUUGCUUUAUACUCCAGGGCAUCUUGACCCUACGGAAAGACCCGACAGUGCUCACCCGAAACUCUGGUGUGCUUUAAACGAGGGGAAAGUGGUGGUCUUUGAUGCGUCUACCUGGUCUAUCCAACAGCACUGCUUCAGAAUGUGCCGCUGCAGGCUGACUUGUAUGGUGAUGGUAGAACAGAGUCAAGUGUGGAUCGGCUCUCAGGACUCCAUUAUUUAUAUAAUCAACACCCACAGUAUGUCCUGCAAUAAGCAGCUAAAUGAUCAUCGUUCUGAUGUUACAGACAUCGUUGUGGAGAAGAAGAACGGGAUACCCAGCGAAGCAUACUCCAGCAGCUUAGAUGGAACGGUGAUUGCUUGGAACAUCAGCACUCUGAAAGUUAACCGUGCGUUUCAGCUGCCCUGCCAGAACCUCACUUCUAUCAAACUUCAUAACGACCAACUGUGGUGCUGUACUGCAAGUUGCAUACUCGUAAUGUCAACUUACGAAUUUCGACUACAGAUGAAAAUUGAUUGUCACCUGAAGGAUUUGCGUUCAUAUUUCCUCUGCUUCCAGCUCUUUCCUGAGAGAAACGAAGUGUGGGCAUCUUACUCAGGGAGCAGUGACCUGUAUAUUUGGAACACCAAAGACUUCACAAACACACCCCAAAAAAUACAUCUUCAAGAUUGCUCUGAGAUUACCUGCAUGAUACAAGUUAAAAACCAGAUGUGGGUUGGCAGCAGCGGAACAUCACAAGGCAAAACCAAAGGGAAGAUCUACGUGAUCAGCGCUGAGAAGAAGACCGUGGAGAAAGAGUUGGUUGGUCACGCCGACACAGUGAAGGCGCUUUGCUCGGCAGAGGACAGAUACGUCCUCAGCGGUGCUGGAAAGGAAGAAGGGAAAAUUGCAAUUUGGAAAGUUGAAUAGUUCAGCUUUUCAAAACUCGUCUGCCUGUGCUGGAAGAAGCGAAGGCCUCAGGCUUUGUUUACUGUAGCAUUUUGCAUCUAUUUCAACCACCCGUCAGUGUUAUUUUUGUAUUUAUUGAGUUAUUUUUAGGAGCUCCAUUGUUGUAGAACAUCAGACUAGAAGUGAAUCUCUCCUUGCACCUUGAAUUGCACCUGCACGUUUGAUAACGACAUGGAAAUGUGAAUAGCGGGGUCCCUGGCUUCCAACUUACCCUAUUUUGGUGUGAAGGAUCAGAGUUGGAGGCCAGACUCUGUGAUGCCAAAGCUAGUGGAGGAUAAGCUUGGUAAUUCCACAGGAGCUCUUUCUCAGCGAUGCAUGGAUUACCUUAAAAACAAACCAAAAAUCUCUUUACAGCCUGUGAUAGCUGGAAAUGUUCGCAGGAGGGGAAAACCAACAACAACACAGAACCCCAUCCAUCCAAAAAAACAGCAAGACCCCAGACAAAACACCCAAAUGUGUUUGAUUUAUUGAGUUACUGUAAAUGCCCAGUACCUUUCUGAACCAGCAGACUGAGGUGGGAGGACUGCCUGCUACCACUGCGUGUAUAUUUCUGGUGCUGUUAUUGAAAAGGUAGCUACAGGCAGGCUCUCCCUGGUAGCACUGAAAGCUUCCUGCUGGUGAAAGUAAGAUACUUGGGUAGCCUCCAUCACGUUUCACUUCUUAAACCUGUUCUUCCUGUAAAAACAAUGCAGCUGAUACUCGUAACACUUUGUGAAACAUUUUUUUUUUCAUUUGAAGCACUUAAUACAUGCAGCAGUUCUUUAUUAUUAGUUUAUUGAAAGAAAGUAUACAAUACUUUCUUUUGGAAGCAACCUUAUAGUUGCCGUGUGGACAAAUCUCUGCCAGCCCUCUCUUCAGUCACCAUUUCUGUAAGCAGAGGAGCUGCCGUUAUUUAAUGGAGAACCCGCUUAAUUUAAUUUAAUUUUAAAGUUCUGCAAAGUCAUCAAACUACUCCUCAAGUACCGGCGUGGGCACCAUCAGAUUGCAGUCGAAGGGAUUCUUUCAAGCAGCAUUCCCUGAUCUCUUCCUGAGUUGUUUUUUUUUUUUUUUUUCCCUUGAUAACAAAAUCAUCUUCAAGUAAAACAAGAAAUCUUUGCAGAAUAAUUUUAUUUGUCUCAGUAAAGUGGAAUACAAUAUUUAAAUUAUUGUAAAUAGAAGGAAAAAAAUGGGCUGCUACUUUUUUAACACAUGUAAACUGAAACGGUGACGUGUAAACUACUGGAAAUGUACUUCAUGUAAUACUUCUGACUCUUUCGAUGUACUGACAAACGGUUUUAUCAUGUGAUGGCAAUUGUAAUUUUAUCUUUUUAGUAUUUUUUUCAAUUUAAGAAUAUUAAACACUAUAUUGAUACUCCA